UUGAAUAAUCGCGAUGAAAAGGAAUCUGAAGAGUUUUAUAUUUCCUGAAUGAAACUUUAUAAUUGGGGAUCGGGACAGUCCCCUUUCAUUGGAAUAGCACUCUCUCGGUUUCAUUUCUGCAGAGGUUCUCGUUCUCGUCGCAACUCGUUGCGCACGGGCUAGGUACACGGCAUCGGGCAUCGGGUAUCGGGCACCAGGCACAGGGCACCGGGCACCGGCAGUACCAGGCAAUACGGAAAAAGUUCCCGAUUCCUGACGGUACCUCACCUCCUACCUUUUCACCGCCUUUAUCGCCACCUGUAUGGGUCGAUCGAGAAUGGGACCAGGACCGCAGGCUGAUAUGAGAGUUGGAAAAGGAAUGGUAGUGAGAGUCCAAGUCAGGAGGGAAAGGAUUCCGCGCAAGAGGCUGUCGCGAGAUUGUCGAGUGCGCUCGCGCUCGCGUUCGCGCUGCCGCUUGAGCGCACUUGCGGGCACUUGGAUGUGAAACAUUCGAUCAACGGUACGUGUGAUAUUGGCAACGAAGCUUUAAGAAGAAGCAGGAAAAGAAAAUAAAAGCGGAAGAAAAAAAAAUGGAAGACAAAAAGGCAGUAACGCGCAACAAGUGAGAGAAAUGUACAACAUUUUAUACGGUGGAUUGAUUAUCACUCCAAUUGGAUAAUAAAAGAAAAAGAAAAAGAAAAUUAGCUUUCAACUCUAUACAGCAGAGUAAAGCUCUCUCAAGCAAAUUGGACGUCUCUUUUCGCAUACAAAUGUUCCGGAGAGUGUUGUUUGGUACGUUUCUUUUUUUUCUAUGACUCGAUAUUUGUUCAAACUAUAUGUAUUAAAGUUUUCCGUCUUUGAGAGAAGAGUGCGUGGAAAUGCAUGCGAGUAAUAUCGGUAGUAUCUUCCCGUUCUGCGAGUCUAGGAACUAGAACUUUGAUCAAAUCUCCGGACAAGUAUGCGAUUGGUGUGUACACGUGGAUGUAACAAUUGAAAUAUUCUGCGUUAUUUUCGAGUGAAGAAAUUGUUCCGACUGUGUGAUGUAUUGAUAUCUUUUCAAGAUAUUGUUUUAUACAUUUAUCAAGUUGCAUACGAGUUCGUGCAGAAAAGUUUAGGAUAUUUACAUAAAUUGUGUUUCUUGUUUGCAUAGCAUUAUGCACAGACGCGUAAGAUUCGUGAUAUAAAUAAAUUUUAAUAAAUCUCAUUUUUACUUAUAUUAUCGGCGACAAAUUAUGUGACAAAUCAAAGUGAUUGCGAUAAAAGAAAGAAGAAAUAGAGUGAUUGUAUAAUACUAUAAGAGAAAUUAUAAAUAUAUAUAUUCAUACACAUACUCAACAAAGAUAGACAGAAAGAAAAGAGAGAAGAAAAGUGGAAAGCGUAUGUGCAAAGUCGCGCAUAUAUCAUCUGUUUAUCAGAUUUUCAAUAAAUUGACUUAUUUAUAAAGAUUGGAAUUUUUUGUGUAUAUACAUUUACAUAUCUAUUGUAUGUAACUGUGUGUCUACGAUUUCAAAUGUAAUUAUUUGAUCAAGAUUUUUUUCAUCGAAACUUAGAGUCUGCAAGACUUUGUAAUUAUGAGACAAACGGUGUUUGUUAUCGUGUGCUGCUUUUUGGGCUUUGUCUUAGCGGGAAGUCCUAGAUUACCACGAACAUCCGCUGAUCAGCGCAGCACACGUAGUGCAAGCCAUAAUAACACCGGCGCUACGCUACAGUCGUCUUCUCGCAAUUUGCAACGAAAUAGAGAACAGUACCUUUUUAACGUCUUUGAAGUAAUAGUAUCAACUUUGGAGUCCAAGUUGCAGCGAAUCGAGAAUUUAGACAAGGCAGUGGAACAUUUGAUGAGAAGAGUAGAAGCUUUAGAUUCGCGCGUAAAUGAUAAUAUUGAUAAAACAGACGCGGUUAUUACUAAACUUAGAACAUUAGAUUUGAAACUUUUUAAUGCAUAUCCUAUUAUGUCAACGGAAACUAUUCAUGCAGCGAGAAUUACCGAAAAUAAAAGCGGAGAUCAUACCGAAGAUACUCCAUUGAUACACGUAAUUCAGCAUGAUCAAAACCGUCGGACUCCUGAAACGCUUGGCGAAAAAUUAGUUUCCUUGGAUCAAAAAGUUUCCGAUAUCGACCAUAAGCUUGUUAAUCUUAAAAAUCAGCUCGACAAUAAUUUUUUACAAAAUGACGACAUAAAUGCUGAAGCAAGUGAGAAAAAACCUGUCAGUAUGAGUGUCAUCGAAAUCACUAAAGCUAUGAGUAACGAAGUGAUGAACCAUAUGACAAUCGAAAUUGAGAAUCUUAGGCAAGCGACAGGUAGUAUGGAUCGAAAGCUUCAAUUCCAUAUGAAUUUGGUGUCGGAUAAUCUCGGAGCGUUAUAUAAUAUGGUUACCGAUGUGCACGAAGCUAUUGUCGAGAAAAAUUACGGAAACAAUCAACAAAAUCAUCUCAAUUUAACAACGACCGAAGUCCCAACGAAGCAAAGUAAAAUCGAUCGUCUCGUCGAACAAAUUUAUCCAAUGCUUACUGUUUCUGAAAAAAUGGAUCAAGUUUGGAAUGUAGUGAUAGGGACCAAGAGCUCGGUGGAUGACUUGCUGCCAAAAUCCGACAAAUUACUUACUCAAACACAAAGGCAAGAAAGGGCAAUUAGCGACAUUCAUGCUGAUUUAAGAUCAAAAACGAAUAAGAUUAUUGAGAAUCUUGAGGGCGUCGAGAGCCGUUUGAGGAAGCAAGAGGACGAUGUGGCCACUUUAGCACAACGUCCGAUUCCGGCUGAAUUGUUACUAGACCCAACAAUUGAUCGGCUCGUUGAAUAUGAUCCAAACAGGUAUAUCAGCGUAACUGAAGAUUUUGCAACGGAGUUGCCCGCAACAUCUAUGCUACCUACCGCUGCACCGCCCUUGUCAACUACACCAUCUAUAUCGUCUGUCGCUUCACCCUCGAACAAUCCUACUAAUUCUACGACACCUAUGACGGCAACAUCUUCAAAUAUUGCUAGACCAAAUAAUAGGAAUCGGGGGGUUAUAUUUCCGAGCGUUAAGAAUAAACCGAGUUUAGCGAAUUCUACCUUUACAAACGAUGUAUUAGUCAACUAUAAGGAUAUCAAGGGUUAUUCUUGCGUGGAUUUAUUAAACGCAGGAAUGAGAGACAGUGGGAUCUAUUACUUGCAAAUACGCGGUACGACAUAUUGGUUCCUCAAAGUUUAUUGCGAACAGGAAAUUGCUGAUGGUGGUUGGACAGUUAUUCAGAGGAGGGAUGAUUUUGGAGAGCCAAGAGAGAAUUUUAAUAGGGAUUGGGGAGACUAUAAAAAUGGAUUUGGAGAUCCUGCUAAGGAAUUUUGGCUGGGCAAUGAAAACAUAUACAUGUUAACAAAUAAUGAAGAUUACAUACUUAGAGUUGAACUUGAAGACUUCGAAGGUAACAAAAGGUAUGCUCAAUAUUCGCAUUUUAAGAUUUAUUCAGAGGGAGAGUAUUAUAAAUUAGAGAUAGAUGGAUAUGAAGGAAAUGCUGGAGAUUCAUUAAAUGAUCCUUGGUAUGGAUCAAACAAUAGCCCAUUCUCCACGUACAAUAGGUGGUUGGUGGUGGAAAUCUUGUGGACGUGGCUUGAAUGGUCUUUAUUUAAACGAUCCUCAAGAUCUUACUGCACGACAAGGUAUUGUAUGGUUCCGCUGGAGAGGUUGGGAUUAUACUCUAAAACGUGCAUUAAUGAUGAUCAAACCAAAAGGUCCAACAACAACGACGACAGCAAUAAUGAUAUAAAUAUUAGAACAUGUGUAAGCUUUAAGAUAUUAACUUGAUCGAAAUUUCUUGCAAUAUUAAAUAAUAAUCUUGCACAUAUAGUACUUAAAUUAUCUAUUGCAAAUACACAAACAUUUAUUAUUUGGACAUAAAAAAAGUAUUUUCUUCU